GUUGAAUGGCGAUUGCUCGGCGCGUACAUCAUUCUCGUAUGUGCGUGUAACGCGUCGGCAGCCUUAAUCGUUAUAUUAACGCAUAUUUCUUUGCGUAUUAAUGAGAUACAGCAUUUACAAUGGACAUACAGCAUUUGCACCAAAUGCCAAAUAAAAGCGAAGCAGAGUUAUUGCCAGAGGAAAAAUGGAGAGUAGAGCACAUAAAGAUGCACGAACAGCAUCAAGGGCACGAGUCCAUGCACGCAGAGAUGCUGUUUGUAUUGUUGAUAACAUUGACGCUGGCGCAAAUCAUAUUAUUUGAAUGGAAAAAGAGGCACUUUAAAUCAUAUCAACUUGUAACACUAAUAGCACUGUGGAUUAUCCCGUUUGGGAUAAGUUUGAAGAAUCACUGGUGGAGAUUCAUAUUUCUAUGGCUCCUAUCGUCGUGCAUAACGAGUCUAGUAGUAAGAAAAGCUAUUGAAAGACCAAUAGAAGGUACAACACCUAGGCUAGUGUACAAAUGGUUUUAUUUCAUUCAUAAGCUCAGCUACGUACUGGGCAUAAUCGGUUACAUGUUAAUAAUAUUCACGUUCAUGGGUAUAAAUAUAUUGUUCGACGUUAAGCCACACAUCUGGAUGGACUGGGGCACACUGCUCACAUUUUACGGUCUUUACUUCGGACUGUUGGGCAGAGACAUCGCCGAGAUAUGCGCUGACACAAUGGCGUCACAUAUCGGGUAUUACACUCCGGGCAGUAUCCCGACGAGAGUUCUGGAGCCGAACGUUUGUGCAGUAUGCGGAAACAAGCUCCUGGUAUCCGAGCUCGAGGAGGGCGUGAUCGAGAACACGUACAAGCUCUCGUGUGAACACGUUUUUCACGAAUUUUGCAUCAGGGGCUGGUGCAUCAUAGGAAAGAAACAGACUUGCCCUUACUGCAAGGAAAAGGUCGACUUGAAAAAGAUGUUUUGCAAUCCAUGGCAACGACCGCACGUGUUGUACGGCCAAUUGCUGGAUUGGCUGAGGUGGCUAGUCGCUUGGCAGCCUUUAAUUUUGUUCAUAGUUCAAGGCAUCAAUUGGUCUCUGGGUCUGGAGUAAGUAGCAACACUGCUGAGAAUCCGAUUGUUCUCGUCAUUGUUGUGUUAAUACAACACACUAGGAAGAAUAGUUAACUUAUUCAAGCGGAUGAUACUGUGUUCGGUACUUUUGUACAUGCUAUUAUUGUUAUUUUUAUUAUUCGUAAAAGGGAAUAAUUAAAUAGGAAGAAAUGUCGAUAAUCCUACUCGUGUCUAAAUUUUAGGCAACAUUAAUGUAACAAUACCAUUUAUCUUGGGAGAUAUAGUAGUUACAUAUUUCCAUAAACCUAAACUGUUAGGACAGAUGUGUCAUAAUGAGCGCAUAAUUGUUUCUUAAGCCGAACGAUUGGGAAAGGAGAUUCCUUUGCGUAACGUCAUCUUCACGAUAUAGGGGAAUACACAAAGUGCACUAAAAGGCUCAAAUAAAUAUAAAUAAAUAAGUAUAUUUAGAAGAGCAUAUAUUGCGCGAAUCAAAUUGAAAGCGACUUAAGACUUAAUAAGGUUUGAUAAGGACUAUGAGGUGGUACGACGAUAUUUUUCUAUUUCCUCGAAAGGUUUGCACGCAAGCAGAAAAUGUAAUGUCCUACGAAUUUCCUAAGUAAAUAAUCUCUUUACAAGACAUGAGAAGGAUUAAAUUAUUAUAUAUGUAUAUCUUUCUGUACAUUGUUUCUUAAUUAACAUACUUUGAGCAGUUCUAUUAUUUGAAGAACAAAUUUUGGUAGUAUAUUAAAUUACUGGUAUAUUUUUUUACCUAUAUGGUAUCUUGCACAUUGUAUGUUCUGCUUUCUACUAAUAACGGAUACAUUCCAUCAUUCCUGAGCCCAUUAGAUGGGCGUUGCUUCCAGUAUUUGUUUUCAAUAUCAAAUGGAUAUAGGAUUAUAAAGAAAUUAAUAAAGUAUGCGUGUAUGUAUCGUGUGUGAUUGCUGUUCACAAAAUGUUCAUGCGUUACAAUCUAUGCAGAUAUGUAAAGAGAGAUGUUAAAUUAUUAAAACUCAGCAGAUGCAUCAAAUGUAUAUAUGUACUACUUUCUUUUAAGUGAUGAUUCUUGACGAGUGAUGUUGCUCUUGAAUUAUGAAAUGCAAAUACAAGAUAUUUUAUUAGCCAAACGUGAAUAAUUUGUGAUUAGAUAAGUAUUUAUCUAUUACGUGAUUUAAUUAUUUUAAUUAGGAAAUAGAUACCGAUAGAAGUAUGCAUAUGAGAAACACACUUGACUUUUUGUAAAAAAUAAAGUUACUGUCAUAAAAACAUUUAACAGUGCGAUUAUACGUAUAUAAAGCAAUAUAUAUUUAACUGUGAUAUUCCAUUUCCUUCUACAUGGUUUUAUUAAUUAAAUAGAAAUAAAGUCUUUGUCUGCCGCU